GUUGCUGCUGCCGCUCGAACUUGUAUAAGCGCUUGCGCAAAAUGACUUCACAUUCCACGAAAAGUAGCAACAGUACGUGCCACUUGGCACACUCUCAUCAAAUCCGAGUACAAAAACUGCGACAAUUAAAUUCGGGCAACAAUCUCGAGUAAUCCGGCAAUAAAAUUGUCGAAAUUGCCAGGAUUUUCGGACACUUCAUUCCCCCGAUUUAUUUCCCAUAUUUCGAAUUUACCGACUGCGGGAUAAGAUUCCCGAGGCGCAACGUCGCUCGCGCAUGCUUCCUAUAAAAGAAGGGGAUAAGGUCACCUUCCGAAACACACACCGCUGAGCUGUCAGACAAGCCGGUAACGCCUCAAGUAUCAGACCUGCUCUCGUGCGACUCAAAAUAUUUUCGGUGAGCUACGCAUUUCUGGGAUCUUUUCGUCGUCUCAUUGUCAAGGCAAUUCAACAGAAGAAAUCAAAAUGACCUCGUUGAAGGAAAAACUUUUGAGCGUCAUUUCGGAGCCCCAGUCGACAGGGAAAAACAAAAUUACGGUCGUUGGUGUUGGCCAAGUCGGGAUGGCUUGUGCUUUCAGUAUAUUGACGAAGAGUGUCUCAAGCGACGUCGUUCUUAUCGACGUGAUGGAGGAGAAGCUCAAGGGUGAGAUGAUGGAUUUGCAGCACGGAAGUGCAUUUUUGAAAAACGCUCGUAUCAACGCGAGCACCGAUUACGCAGCGAGUGCGAAUUCGAGCAUUUGCGUCGUGACAGCUGGUGCUAGGCAACGGGAGGGCGAGACCCGACUGGAUCUCGUGCAGAGAAACACCGAUAUUUUCAAGGGAAUCAUUCCCCAACUCGUAAAAUACAGUCCCAACACGAUCCUUCUGAUCGUUUCGAACCCGGUCGAUAUAUUGACUUACGUUGCGUGGAAAUUGUCCGGGCUGCCGAAAAAUCGCGUAAUCGGAAGCGGAACCAAUCUCGAUUCGGCACGCUUCCGAUUUUUACUCUCACAAAAACUCAACGUGGCUCCAACCUCCUGCCAUGGCUGGAUCAUCGGCGAACAUGGCGACACGAGCGUUCCAGUGUGGUCCGGAGUGAACGUCGCCGGUGUACGAUUGCGAGAUUUGGAUGAGACCGUUGGUACUGAGAACGACCCAGAAAACUGGGGGGAUCUGCACAAGCAAGUUGUCCAGAGCGCCUACCAGGUCAUAAAACUCAAGGGAUAUACAUCGUGGGCAAUUGGCUUGAGCAUUUCGAAUCUUGCGUCAGCAAUUCUUCGAAAUUCGAACCAAGUGCACGCCGUCUCGACCAUGGUUUCGGGUCUCCACGAGAUAAACGACGAAGUUUUCCUCUCCGUCCCUUGCACCCUGGGAGAGCACGGCGUGGCUUUCGUCGUAAAGCAAAAACUGACGGAGCAAGAGCGUGCAUUGCUCAAAAAAUCGGCAUCGACGAUGGCGGAGGUUCAGAAGGGUCUCAAAUUUUAAAAAUCAUCGUUCCUCUCUUACUCAAUCUUCCGUUAUUUUCUUAUCAUGUAAUACCGUGUAUUUCGCAACCGCCCAAAUCUUUUUCACUGUUAGCACAAAAGUAUUAACGUUUACGAGGGAACUAAAUGAUUCCGCUUGUGUUUGGGGUGUCAAGUCUCAUCUCAGUUAUUCUUACGCAUUUUUCUUCCUUGCUUAAUAUUUACAAUAAUAUUUAAUUGUCGUAGUUCCUUUUAGUGAGUGUGUUCUUGCUGACAAUAUUCGUGGCUGGUCAUUUCUUUCAAGUGUGUGUGUGUGUGUGUGUGUGAAGAAUCGUGUAUUUGUAAAAAAUGACGAUUAUUUCGUCGUUCAUUUCUUGUGCUCUCUGGUGAUACAAAUAAGCAGGAUAACUUAUGAAAAUAUUUUAAUUUUUGAUACUACUUAAUCCUAUUUGCCUUUUUUUUUACAAUGAAAUAGUCCAGCGAUGAAAAAAAGAUUUUUACCGUUACAAUAUUAACAGAGUCUGGAAUAAAUGUGAUGUAGAUAACGAAAGUGUCCAUAUUUAUCAACGUUCACGAAAUAUAGUGAAAAAAUGAGUGAAAUACA